GAGAGAGAGAGAGUGAGAAAUGUGCACUGUAUACAACUACAAUCAAAAUACUUUAUUCGCAAUCAGUUCUAUUGUUUUGUUUUCGUGAAUGAUUUUCAAACGUGAGCAUGCGAGAUCUAAAUAUUUGUAGAAGUAGAAUCGCAUCGAAAUUUACAUUGAAAUUGCGUUUAAUCUAAUUUUAACAUUGCCAGCGAAUGUUUACAUAUUCGAUUUGUCGUUCGUCAUUGAUGCGUAUAUCAAGCAACUAAAAAGAUUAUUGCAAACGAGUGAGUAAUGUUUCGCAGAACGCUUGUGCUGAUAUUCCCAAUUACAUAUAUCCUUUAGAUAUAAUAAUGGGUAAUGCGGGAAGCAGCCAACCCGUCAGCCAUCAUCAUGGAAAUGUAGCAAGCAGAGAACAUCGACGUAACAAAGAUCAUCCUCCACCCUCUCCAGGAAAGGAAGGCCAAGCAUUUGUAUUUGACAAAAAACCUAGUCUUCUCUUUCAUUCUUCUCAAGAGGAAGAAGAGUCAUAUUUUGCAAAAAGCGGCCAACAAGAUAGAGAGGAUUUUGGUUCGCAGCGACCAAGAUCAAACACUGUUUCUGAAGGAACAAAAGUUGCAGACAAUAAGGUGCUACCGACAGUUUUCAAAUGGGAGGGAGGAGGGAAGCAAGUAUAUAUUAGCGGGACAUUUACUGGAUGGAAAACAUUGCCAAUGGUGAAAAGCCAUGGGGAUUUUGUCACAAUAAUUGACUUACCAGAAGGAGAGCAUCAAUACAAAUUUUUUGUUGAUGGAGAAUGGAGGCAUGAUCCUGGACUGAAAAUCGUAGACAAUGGCAUGGGUUCUAAAAACAACUUAGUCUCUGUAAGAAAAUCUGACUUUGAAGUAUUUCAAGCUCUUGCAAAAGAUAGCGAGGGCGUUAGUAGUAGCACUCAAACAGAGUAUGGGCAAGAAAUACCACCACAUAAACAUUGGGAGAAAGUAACUGGUCCACCUAUUUUGCCUCCGCACUUGUUACAAGUUAUCCUUAACAAGGACACACCGCUAUCUUGUGAGCCUACUCUUCUACCUGAACCAAAUCAUGUUAUGCUAAAUCAUCUUUAUGCUUUAAGUAUUAAGGAUAGUGUGAUGGUCUUAUCAGCUACUCAUCGUUAUCGUAAAAAGUAUGUUACUACUUUGCUUUAUAAACCGAUUUAAUAUUAAGCCAUUCCUGUAUUUUUUGGUGCUGCUCGUUUCUUGAUUAUUAUAAAGUAGUAUAGGUGCUGAGUAUGAUACAAUUGAUGCGAAAUUUUACAAGUCUUUCUUUGGAGGCGAGGGUAUGUUACAAUAUUCAGAAAUUUGUUUUAGAAAUUUGUUUGUCGCUACGUUUAUUAUAUCUCAGUCAUAUGUAAAA